AUGUCCGGAGAUAUUAAGUAUUUAGAGGUUGUCUCAGCAAGUAUUCAAAAGCUUGCCAAAGAAGAUAAAGUUGUCGACUGGGACAAAUUUGUAAAAGAGGAAGGAGAUUUAAUCAUCAGUAGCUACAACGGUGACAAUUUGAAUUCAUUUAAAGGCGAUUAG